AUGGAGAUGAGAGCUUUGGUUUCGUGUUCUGCCGGAAACGGAGGCUCUGGUUCGAUUAGCCUCACGAAUGUCUCUCCAUGGAUCGCAACAGUUGCUGCUCGCGUGGACAGAGAUUUUCCAGCAACAACACUGAAGCUGGGAAGAAGCACAUUCAACGGAGCUUCGCUCUACAAAAACAAAAGCAGGAGAAAUGUUUUGUCUCGCAACAAACAGUUUCUUCCUCUUGCCUUCUUGGGGAAAAACGACUCUACCAGUCCUGAUCCGACCUUGCUCUGGGAUAAAAAUGAUAUAUCUGAGUCUCAAAGGACAGUUACAAUCUCUGACUCCAUUACAGAGCAUCAAAGCGUGUCUGAAGUGGAUGAUUACUGUAAGGCUCUUGGAGGGAAAAGGCCAAUCCAUAGGAUUUUGGUGGCUACCAAUGGAAUGGGUGCUGUGAAGUUUAUCACAAGUGUUAGAACAUGGUCUUACAAAACAUUUGGCAAUGAGAGAGCCAUAAUGUUAGUGGCUAUGGCAACCCCUGAAGACAUGCGGAUCAAUGCGGAGCAUAUCAGAAUGGCUGAUCAGUUUGUUGAAGUUCCUGGAGGAACAAACAAUCACAAUUAUGCCAAUGUUCAGCUUAUUGUAGAGAUGGCAGAGGCAACGAGUGUGGAUGCAGUUUGGCCUGGUUGGGGUCAUGCAUCUGAGAACCCUGAGUUACCUGAUGCUUUAAAUGCAAAAGGAAUCGUAUUUCUUGGUCCUGAAGCAGCUUCAAUGGUGGCAUUAGGUGAUAAGAUUGGUUCGUCGUUGAUUGCACAAGCUGCUGAUGUACCUACUCUGCCAUGGAGUGGUUCCCAU